AUGGAGGAUGGGCCUAGCAGGUCAAGGAAAAACACAGAUCUAAAAACUACGGAUACUCGCAUAAUUCUCUCACCGGUAAUUCAAUCGCAGCGAACUCUGGAACCGCGAUGUCUAUUCGAGGACGAUGAGGAUGAUUUGCAGAUGGUGGAUGUGCUACCAGCGCACUCCGAGCCGGUUGGAACUUACCGAAAGCGAGCCGCGAAGAUGAUGGUAACAACGCCUCAAGGGAAACGGGUUCUCACUAGCGAUGCAAGGCUUCAUCUGGAAAAAAUCAAAGCUCAGAAAAAGGCUCAACAGCAGCUGAUCCCUCUCACUAUAGAAGAAGAGGUCAGAAGCUUGGACAAUAGGAGGAGGCUCCUCGAGGCGAAGUUAAGGCAAAAGCAAGAAAUAGACCGAUUGGAGGCAGCGCUGGGAAUUCGCAAAGAAAUAGAGCCCUCAAUGGAAUACCAGACCGAGGACCACGAUCCUUCAUGGAGACCCUCUGCCAACAGCAAGCAAUCUUAUCGGGAAGACUCUGAGGGGUCUUACAGCUCCAGACGACACAAACGAAGGUCAACUCAUGAAAACAGAGAGGAUGAAGACUCAGAGACCUCUGACGCAAAGAGCCAAAAGAGCUCAGACAUGGACAGGUUCCGAGAAGAAUUCGCACUAAUGAAGGAACAACUAAAAUCUCAACCAGGAGGGUUUGACUUUCCAUCAGGAAAUCCCUUAUCAAUCGACAUCGAGAAUGCCAAAAUUGACAGGAAUAUUAAAAUCCCAUCUAUAGAACUGUUCGAUGGAUCCACGGACCCAUCGGACUUUCUUAACAUGUUUGACGGGCGAAUGUCCUUCUGCGGACACUCCGAGGUGGCAAGGUGCCGGUUCUUCGGCACAUGUCUUAAAGGGACAGCUCUCACAUGGUACAACAAUCUGCCCCCACGGUCCAUCGAUUCAUGGAUCGCUAUGAAAAACAAGUUCAGAGCUAGGUUCUCUAUCAACAAAAGAGGGGGAAAGAUCACCGCCUCAUUAAUGACUGUAAGGCAACGAUCCUCAGAACCGAUACGUGAUUUCUUGGACCGAUUUAGAACCGAAAUGGCAAACAUCCCUAACUUAGUUGAAGAACUAGCGGUCAAUUAUCUGGCAGCGGGAAUUGACAAAACAAGGCAUGGGCAGUUAUUGGAAGAGUUCUUUGAAAAAAGCCCUCGAACCAUAGAGGCAGCAAUGGACAUUUUUGAGCGCAGGAUAACACUUCAGGAAGCAGUAGGUAGCAUACAAAUCACGUCACCGCGGUCCAAGCGAUGGGAUAAGAAUUCUUCCCCAAAGGGGCAAUGGUCCAGGGGAUUAGGACAAGAAAAGGGGAAAACUGAAACAAACAAGCAGACCGAUAUCCAAAAAGGGUCCGCGGUCCAAGAGCCUCACCAGUCUAACAGGCCCUGGCCCCCUCGCCCUCCACGAGAAGAAAGACAGUUCUCCAAACUAAACAUGGAUAUUGCUACAAUCCUAGCAAUCAUGAAGGCAGAUCCUAACUACAAACCGCCUAGACCAAUGAAUCCAAACAGACCCCCUAGCUCGAAGUAUUGCGAUUAUCACGAGGACACAGGCCAUCUAACAGAAAAGUGCUUUCAACUCAAACACGCAAUAGAAAAUAAAAUUCAGAGUGGAGAAUUUUCUCACUUCGUCCAAAGGGAGGACCCAACCAGUGAAGGCAACAAGAGCUCAGACAGAUUGAUUGAUGUCAUUUCAGGAGGAUACAUUCCUAAGGGCCUCCCAGACCAGAACAAUAUGGUCUUCCAGGUAGAAACAAAAAGACAAAGGAAGGGUCCAUCACUUGUCAUAUCCUUUUCAGACAACGACUACACAGAUGGUAUAGAGCGGUCUCAUCAUGACGCCUUAGUAAUUACGGUCAAGAUGGGAACCAACACAGUCAAAAAAGUCUUAAUCGAUAAUGGAAGUUCUGUAGACGUUUUGUUUCAUGGGGCAUUUUCAAGAAUGGAUGUUGGAGACCGAAAACUGGGUGAUGCAAGACAUUCCCCCUUAUAUGGAUUCACAGGCAAUGAGGUAAAAGUCCUGGGUAUCAUCGAUCUACCGGUCCUUUUCGGAUCCCCCCCGCAGCAAGUAUGGCACAUCGUCAAAUUUCAUGUUGUUAGUGCUUCAUGUAGCUACAAUGCAAUUCUAGGCAGAACCACACUGUCAGCUCUAAAAGCAAUAACUUUAAUACCUCACCUAAAGAUGAAAUUCCCAACCGAGUUUGGGGUGGGAGAAGUCAAAGGAGACCAAAAGGUCUCGAAGCAAUGUUAUGACAACAAUAUAACACCUAGAUACAGGACAACAAAAAAUGCCAGUGAAACAGUGAACCAAAUACGAGAUGAGCCAAUGGAGGAAGAAGUCAAGAUAGAAGAGAAAGAAGCAGUGGACAUUCCUCGUGAAUCGGUCUGUCAACCAAUCGGUCCAACAGAACAAUUUGAGCUAGACCCAUCAAACCCAGGGAAACGCAUCACCAUUGGCUCAGGAUUGGACCCCUCGGUUAAGGAAGAACUAAUAACUCUCAUCAGGGAAUACGCGGAUAUCUUUGCUUGGUCACCAAAAGACAUGCCCGGUAUCCCAGAGGCAAUAGCCCUCCACAAACUCAACAUCAGCCCCACAUACAAACCAGUCCGGCAAAAGAAAAGAAUAUUUUCCCCCGAAAAACAGUUGGCCAUAGAUGCCGAACUAGACAGACUCCUAGAAGCAGGAUUCAUUAAGGAGGUCCAAUUUCCCACUUGGAUCGCCAACACCGUUUUAGUCAAAAAGAGUAACGGCAAAUGGCGAAUGUGCAUCGAUUAUUCUGAUCUUAAUCGAGCUUGCCCAAAGGACUUCUAUCCUCUGCCCAAUAUAGACCAGUUGAUCGACGCCACUUCGGGUCAUGAACUGUUAUCCUUCAUGGACGCUUUUUCAGGGUAUAAUCAGAUCAAAAUGGCCCCAGAGGACCAAAACAGUACAGCCUUCAUCACCCACAGGGGAAUUUUUGCAUAUAAAGUGGUCCCAUUCGGUCUCCUGAAUGCAGGAGCUACAUUUCAACGAACCAUGGAUACAAUCUUCGCUCCGCAAGUGGGAAGAAACAUGCAGAUAUAUGUAGACGAUAUGAUAGUUAAAUCCUUGAAAACAAAUGAACAUUCGAAAGAUCUAAGAGAGACAUUCACUCGCAUAAGAGAACACUCAAUGAGACUCAAUCCCACUAAGUGUUCCUUCGGUCUAGCAGGAGGAAAAUUCUUGGGAUUCCUCUUAACCCAAAGAGGGAUAGAGGCAGACCCAGCUCAAAUCUCAGCUAUCAAAGAAAUGCCAGCACCAAAAACAAUCAAGGAACUCCAAACACUCACGGGUUGCGUGGCGGCCUUAAGACGGUUCAUACCACAAUCCUCAAAAAGAGCUCUACCACUCUAUGAGGCAAUAAAAUUGGCAGCCAAAUCAAACAAAUUCUCAUGGAACAAGGAUUGCGAGGAAAGCUUUAACAACAUUAAAGAAUUCUUGCAAAGUCCUCCGAUCUUAACAAAAGCACUACCCUGCGAACCAUUAAAGCUAUACCUAUCAGCAACAGAUUCAACGGUUGCAGCGGUCUUAAUUAAGGAGGUUGGAAGCGAGCAAAAAGCGGUCUAUUACAUCAGCCAUAUGCUCAAGGAUGCUGAGACUCGAUACACUCAGAUCGAGAAACUUAUCUUUGCUCUGAUCAUAGCAAGCCGUAAGCUAAGGCAAUACUUUCAAGGACGACAAAUCUCGGUAAUGACUAACCAACCACUAAGGAGGAUUCUUCAUAAACCGGACAUGUCAGGACGGUUGGCCUCUUGGACCAUUGAACUGAGUCAGUUCAAUUUAGAAUACUUGCCACGGAACACGGUCAAGUCACAAGCCCUUUCGGACUUUAUGGCAGAAUGCAACUUUGCAGCUAAUCAGCUCAAUCCACAGGCUCAAGCUUUCAAUGACAAAACUUGGAUUCUAUUCACAGAUGGAUCAUCCACAUCCUCCACAAGUGGGGCAGGAGUCAUUCUUACAAGCCCCGAGGGGUUCAGGGUCCAACAGGCCAUUCGCUUCAAGUUUUCAACAACAAACAAUGAAUCUGAAUAUGAGGCACUAAUCGCUGGCCUCAAGCUCGCACAACAUCUGGAAGUCAAGAUCAUCGAAUAUUUCAGCGACUCCCAGUUGGUAGUUAACCAGAUAUUAGGCCAGUACAAAGCUGCCAACGAAAGAAUGAAGGCCUAUCUCCAGAAAACCAACGAUCUCCUAAAAACAUUUAUCUCAUGGACCAUUAAGAGCAUCGACCGCUCAUCGAACCAAUGGGCCGAUGCCCUGUCUAAACUUAUCACAACAUCCGACGAAAGAAUCACAGACCCGAUCUAUUUCAGGGAAUUGGAACAGACCUCCAUAACAGAGGUAGAAAUUUUUUGCAUAGAACAAGAAGAGGACGACUGGCGCCGUCCCAUUAUGCAGUUCAUCAAAGGACAGCUUAUUUGUGAAAACAAAAACGAAGAGCAUAAAAUAGCCUUCAAGGCGAGGAAUUACUGUAUCAACAAUGAUCAAUUGUACCGAAGGGCCCUGGCAGAACCGCUUCUAAAGUGCAUCGGACCAAAAGAGGCUGAAGUCGCCAUGACAGAAAUACAUUCAGGCAUUUGCGGAGAACACACAGCUGGGAAGAAUAUGGCCUUAAAACUGAUAAGACAUGGAGUCUUCUGGCCAACUAUGAGAAAAGACUGCGAAGAAUUCUCCAAAAAGUGCGGACCGUGCCAGCUGUAUGGACCAAUGAACCAUAGGCCCGCGGUCCAAUUCACCCCGGUCCAGGCACCAUGCCCAUUCUUCAUGUGGGGAAUGGACCUAGUAGGCCCAUUACCCAAAUGCACAGGACAGAAGCAAUUUAUAAUCGUGGCCAUAGACUAUAGCACAAAGUGGGUGGAAGCAAAAGCUUUAGCACGAAUCAGAGAAACAGAAGUGGUGCAGUUUUUUAUGGAGUACAUUGUUUUCAGAUUUGGAGUCCCAAGAAUAGUGGUCACAGACAAUGGAUCUCAGUUCACAGGGAAAGUGUUCGAAGAGACGUUGGAACAGCUCAAGGUAAACCAUCUCAAAGCAUCUGUCGCUUACCCACAGGCCAAUGGACAGGUGGAGAUCACAAACAAGGCCAUUUUACAAGGGAUCAAGAAACGGCUCCUGGACACAAGGACAAAUUGGGUCGAUGAAUUGCCCAAUGUCCUUUGGAGCCACAGGACCACUCCAAGGGGUCCAACUGGCGAAACGCCCUUUAGAAUGGCCUACGGCACGGAGGCGGUCCUCCCAGUUGAGAUAAGUAUGGGAUCUCCAAGAAUUGAAAACUUCUCAAUCGAAACAUCUGAGGAAGGACUAAGACUGAACAAUGAUCUCAUUGAGGAGGUCAGAGACCAAGCACAAAUUCGAAACACUCAGUACCAGCAAAAAGUGGCCAGCUACUACAACUCUAAAGUCAAGAUAAGGCACUUCCAGGUCAAUGACUGGGUCCUGAGGGAAUCAUCUGUGUCAAUGCCAACCAAACAGAACAAAAUGACCAGUCCUUGGGAGGGACCUUACAAAGUAUCUCAAGUAGUCCGUCCAGGGACCUAUCGCCUCGCCUAUCCAGACGGUUCAACGGUCCCCAACACUUGGAACGCCAUCCAUCUCAAGCGCUACUAUCAGUAA